GCAAAAAUCUUCUCCCCGGUCCGUCGGGUAGCAGACAUCACAUCCUUUCCCGUACGGUGCAAAGGUCGAGACUCGAGACACGCACGGUCCAGAAUCUCUCCGACUAGCGUCCGGCGUCCGCUCGGCUCUCGCCGUGUGCACCACAACUUCCGCUUUUCUGUAGACGACGACCGCAGUCCGCAGCCACUCGAGCUGAAGAUUCAGUAUAUUCAUUGGCCACUCCAGUGAUGAGAUGAAUAUACCACCACACCACCAGAUCGAAUCCGGAAUCCCGCUCCGAGCCCGCCAUCAAGCCAGCCAUAGCUCGGCCGGAUGCAGGGCAUCGUCAUCCGGCGCGCGCUCUGCCCGGCCAAGCUCCACCGCCACGUCCCGUCCAGCCUAUCCAGAAGCCUUUGCUGCCGCGGCGGCGGCGACACACGGUGCGGCGCUGCUCCGGGCAAGAGGGCGCGGGCCGUCGUGGUGAGAGCACGUGGCGGCCCGAAGGUAGGAGAUGGCGACCAAGCGCCGCCGCUGCCGGAUGCCGUCGGAGCGUCACCGCCACCAGGUGGCGGGCCGAAGAGAGGGAGCGUGGCUGGUGCCGUUGCGCUCAUAGUGGGGACAAGCAUCGGGUCAGGCAUCCUUGCCGUGCCGCAGAGCACCGCGCCCGCGGGUUUCGUUCCAAGCGCCGUGUGCAUGGUCGUCUGCUGGGCCUUCCUGGUGGCCGAAGCGCUCCUCAUCGCCGAGAUCAACGUCCACCUGCGUCGGAAGAGCAAGAAAGACGGCGGCGAUGGUGCAGGCCUGGAGGUGAUAUCCAUGAAGAGCAUGGCGCAGGCGACGCUUGGCGAGUGGGGAGGGAACCUGGCCGCCACCGCCUACCUGUUCCUGUCCUACACUUCCAUGGUCGCCUACACGUCCAAGUCCGGCGAGGUGCUCUCCCGCGCGAUCGGCGUGCCCGAGCCUGUCUCUGGCGCCGCCUUCACCGCCGCCCUCGCGCUCCUCAUCGCCGCCGGUGGCACGGGUGUCACCGCCCAAGUGAACCAAGUGCUCACCUUCUUCAUGAUAGGUUUGCUGCUAAUGAUUGAAGUCUCGGCGGUGGCGUUCGGCGGCGGCCUGAGUCUGCCAGCGAACGCCCACUGGGAGCAGGUUCCAGCGACGCUGCCGGUGAUCAUCUUCACGCUGGUCUACCACGACAUCGCGCCAGGUAGCGUACGUGCCCAAGAGAAACCACGUGCUGCCACCACGCCAGAUACACAAAGCGUUCAUGUGAUCUGCGCGUACCUGGAGGGGGACCUCGCGAGGAUCCGGCUCUCGAUCCUAGUCGGGAGCCUGGUGCCGCUCGUCUCCCUGCUCGUGUGGGACGACGUCGCGCUCACCCUCUCCGCCUCCUCCACGGACCCCAACGGAUUCGGCAUCCUCGACAUGCUGGAGACAGAGUGGAGCUACGUGGUGGUCGAGACCUUCUCGCUCCUGGCUGUCGGGACGUCUCUCAUCGGGACCCUGCUUGCGGCGUCGCAGUUCUUCAUCGAGCAGAUGACCAAUCUAACCACCUCCUUAGCCGAUGGAAAUGCAAAGGUCGACGAAGGCGCUUCUGAAGGAGAAGGAUCUAGCCAGCUUGGUUGGCCAACAUUCCUAGAAAACAACAAGAUCAGCUACGUUGCCACAGGGGUGGUGGUUGUCCCAACCAUGCUGAUAGCAGCUGCUGUUCCAGAUUCAUUCUCCAUAGCCACUGACAUCGCCGGGGGCUACUGCAUGACCAUCUUGUACGGUGUUCUCCCUCCACUGAUGGCCUGGUCCAUUGGCUCCAAAUUAUCUGAUAAAAAAGCUGGGUUUGGACAAGUAGAAGUAUCCAGGGCUGGCAAAGAAAGAGUGGGCUUCACCGGUGCAAAGCCUGUGCUGGUGGGGAUGGGGGUGUUCUCUGUACUCAUGGUCUUCCAGCAAAUCUUGCAAGACCUUGUCAGUUUUAACGCUUAUCUGCUGUCAUGGGCUAGCUAGAGUAGCAAGUGCUGAAUAAUCGAGAAUGUCUCUAGUCAUGGUUUGCUGAUUCGGGAUUCAGCGCGUGAUGUAAAGUUGUAAACGGAGACCCCCUGCAAACCAUAUGUAUCAGUGUACAUAACUUCUCUUUUUACCACCAUUAGUUGAUUGGAGGUGCUCCUGGCUA